AAAAAAGGUUGAAGAAAAACAACCAACUUAAAAGUUUGGUGAAGUUUGGAAAUUUUCCCAAGAAUGAAUAAGGGACAGGGUAGUUUGCAAGGCAUGCCACUGAACCUUUCCCUUCAAGUCCAUCUUUGACGUGAUUUUAUUCAUAUAUAUACUCAUUUCCCAAUUUUCAGCCUCAUCCCUUUUCACACCCUCUUCUACAUUCUAAAAGCAGCAAAUGAGUCUCCAAAGCAACCUCCUAUCUCUUUUGGUUCCCUUGGCAGCAGUUUUUGUAUCUUUGUAUUUCAUAAAUCCAAUUCCACAUUUUCUCAACAACUUCACAUAUUUGAGUCUCACAAACUUGUCACCAUCAUCUAUAUACUUGGCAAAACCUUUAGCUUGGAAUUGGAACUUCCACAAAAACCAUCAUCAUCGACCACACAAGAAACACCCUGACAAUGGGAACACUGAUUCUGUUUGUGAUGAUUUUCCACCAGGCAUUCCACCUCCAAAUACUAAUACCACUUCUUAUCUUUGUGUUGAUCGAAAAGGGUGUUGUAAUUUCACAACAGUACAAGCAGCCGUGAAUGCAGUUCCAGAUUUUAGUCUAAAAAGAACCAUAAUUUGGAUAAACAAUGGCAUCUACUAUGAGAAGGUUAUGGUGCCAAAAACCAAACCCAACAUUACAUUUCAAGGACAAGGCUAUAUUUCAACUGCGAUUGCAUGGAAUGAUACUGCAUUGUCUGCGAAUGGAACAUUUUAUAGUGGAUCUGUACAAGUUUUCGCCUCCAAUUUCAUUGCUAAGAACAUAAGCUUCAUGAAUUUAGCACCAAUACCAAGUCCUGGGGCCGUAGGGGCACAAGCAGUAGCUAUUAGAAUUUCGGGCGAUCAAUCUGAAUUCAGGGGUUGUGGAUUCUUCGGAGCCCAAGACACCCUUCAUGAUGAUAAGGGUCGUCAUUACUUCAAAGAUUGUUACAUUCAAGGUUCCAUUGACUUCAUAUUCGGCAAUGCAAGGUCACUCUAUGAGAAUUGUGAGUUAGUUUCUAUAGCUAACCCUGUACCUGUGGGACAAAAGAGCAUAAAUGGUGCUGUUACGGCUCAUGGUAGAGUUUCCACCGAUGAAAAUACAGGAUUUGCAUUUGUGAAUAGUACAAUUGGAGGAACUGGAAGAAUAUGGUUGGGUAGGGCAUGGAGACCUUAUUCUCGUGUUAUUUUUGCCUUCACAGUAAUGUCAGAUAUCAUUGCUCCUGAAGGUUGGAAUGAUUUCAACGACCCUUUAAGAGAUCAGACUAUUUUCUAUGGAGAAUACAAUUGCUCAGGACCCGGGGCUAAUAUGAACUUUAGAGCACCUUAUGUACAAAAAUUAAAUGAAACACAAGCUUUGACAUUUCUCAACACAAGUUUUAUUGAUGGUGACCAAUGGUUGGAAACUUCCAACUAAGCUAACCUUCCCAUACCAUAUUGUAAAUUCUUUUUCCAUUCAUACAAUGUGAAAUAAGUACACAAAUUAAACAAAGGGGAAAGAAUAGAUUAUAGACAAUUCAUUGAAUUGUGUAUACUAUAAAGUAACAAAAUAUCGAGUUAUUAUUUAUAAAUUGUACCUAUUAUAUCUUUCAUCAUCCUAAUUAUAUACGAGUUACUUGAAUUUGAAUAAAAAUUUUGGUGAUAGAAUGCCAAAAAUUAAGUUAACCAUCUUUAGAACUUUAACUCUUAAUUCUCAUUACAAAAUCUGUUAGACAUGAUGCAUGGAUAACAUCAUAUCAUCAAAAUCGGAUUAUGUGAAUCAUAGUGCACCUUUCUUUAAUACAAGAAGGAAACCAGGGGUAAAGAAAAACUAUCUUCAAAGGAAAA